AUGGGCUCCAGUUUGCUAGAAAACCCGGUGCAGGCGAUUCUGUACCUUCGGGAGCUCACCACGAUCGUGCAGAACCAGCAGAGUCUCAUUCAGACCCAGCGCGCGCGGAUAGAGGAGCUGGACAGGCGCGUGGACGAGCUCAUCGGGGAGAACAGGCACCUGCGGGACGUCAGGGUGCAACAGCAGCUCCCUUACUUGCACCAUCACUCCUAUCAUACUCUACCGGACCCCAGCUGCCUUCAUCAUCAUCACCACCCGCAGGACCCGCAGAUCAAGACCACAUCGGGGUCUCUGUCAGAACAUGCCGCAACACCAGCGCAGGUCGAGGCGGCUCCGAGCGUCCAGCCCUCGCCUGCCCAGACCUCGGACCCGGGCGACAUGCAAUUAGUCCCAGCGGACCCUUCUACAAUUUCCCCCAUUGAGAGUGAGUCUGAAAACGGUGGAAGUUGCCCCAGUUGUAGAUCUUUGGUUCCGAUGACCCCAACAACUCUUUGUCGAUCCCUGACCCUGGCGAGAAAAUCCGAGAGUGAGACUGUGCUGCAUCAGUUUUGCUGCCCUGCCCCUGAACAUCCAGAGACUGAUACCUCUGGUUCAUCAAGCGCACCUAUCCUGAGCCUGGAGGAUGGGACGUCCUCUGGUGGAGGACAGGAAGUGAAGGGGAUCAAGAGGGAGGGACCCAGCGAGUAUGAAAUCAAUUUGGAAAACAAAAACAAACAGAUAGAGGAGCUGGAGCAAAAAUACGGAGGGCAUCUGAUUGCAAGGCGGGCAGCGCGCCGCAUCCAGACUGCCUUCCGCCAGUAUCAGCUAAGCAAGAACUUCCAGAAGAUCCGCAACUCGCUUUCAGAGAGCAAGCUGCCUCGGCGGAUAUCGCUGCGCCACCCCAGCCCCUCAUCCCGCAGCAGGAAUGCGGCCCAGAGACACAGCUAUACUCUGCAUCCGGGAGGAGGACAGAUACCGUUACGAUCUAAAACUCCACCCCCACCGCCAUGUCGUUCCACAUCCCUUCCGCCGUCACCCGCCUCUGCCCCAGCACCUACCCCCUCAUCAGCUCCAAGCCAGACUCCACCUCAGACAGCUGGACCUACACUCACACAGCUGGAAGACUGCUUCUCUGAACAGCUUCAUUCCUUGGCUCAGUCCAUCGAUGACGCUCUUCGUGGAUGGAGUUUGGCAGAGGGAGGAGAGGGGAAAGGACUUCUGAUGGACCCCGGGGCCCUUCGUGCAGCCGCAGAAAGCGCCGGCCUUCCCCGCAGUGCGAGCUCCCUGCUCAUGGCUUUCAGGGACGUAACUGUUCACAUUGACAGCAACAGCUCCUACACCAUCUCUUCCGCUACCACUACCACCACCACCUCUUUGGGAAAUGCAAGCGGAGGACAGCCAGGCAGCAGGAAACCUUCUGUUAGUGGGACAGGGGGAGGAGGAGACGGGCAGUCCAUGGAGGAACCUGAGUUUCCUGCACCCCCUCCCAGCGAGGAGCUGGAAAUGGUCGAUCCGGGAUCCAGGCGGGGCUCGGCAGUGACAGCUGCAGUGGGGGUCGGAAUGGAGGGAGAAAACAGCUCAGACAGACUGGAGUCCUCCACUUCCACCUCUACGUCCACCUCAAUGUCCACCUCAGUCCAGUCUAAUCAGCAGCCUGCUCAAAUUUACACCCAGUACCAGCAGUAUCACUACACUCAUCCUCAGCAGGUCCCUGGGGGCUCGAGCCCUGAGGCCCUCCAGGCCCUGGUCGUGUCUUUGCCAAGGGACCGCUGCCAGGAUCCAAUCUCCUGCCGCUCCCCAACCCUGUCCACUGAUACCCAUCGCAAACGCCUCUACAGGAUUGGACUCAACCUGUUCAAUGUGAACCCAGAGAGAGGCAUCCACUUCCUGAUCACACGUGGGUUCGUCCCAGACACGGCCAUAGGAGUGGCACACUUUCUGCUGCAGAGGAAGGGACUCAGCCGACAGAUGAUUGGAGAAUUCCUGGGCAACAGCAAGCUGCAGUUUAACAGAGAUGUCCUGGACUGUGUAGUGGAUGAGAUGGAUUUCUCAGGAAUGGAACUUGACGAGGCCCUGAGAAAGUUUCAGGCUCAUGUUCGAGUUCAAGGAGAAGCACAGAAGGUGGAGAGACUCAUCGAAGCCUUCAGUCAGAGGUAUUGCAUGUGUAACCCUGAUGUGGUGCAGCAAUUUCACAACCCAGACACCAUCUUCAUCCUGGCCUUUGCUGUGGUCCUUCUCAACACCGACAUGUACUCUCCAAACAUCAAGCCCCACCGGAAAAUGGGCCUUGAUGACUUCAUACGUAAUCUAAGGGGUGUGGAUGAUGGAGCAGACAUCCCCAGAGAGAUGGUUGCCGGCAUUUAUGAAAGAAUUCAGCAGAGAGAGCUGCGCUCUAACGAAGACCAUGUCACCUAUGUGAGUCGUGUGGAGCAGUCGAUCCUGGGCUUGAAAACAGUCCUCGCUGUGCCCCACAGGCGGCUGGUGUGCUGCUGCCGUCUGUUUGAGGUUCCUGAUGCCAACAAACCACACAAACAGAAACUAUCCGCUCUCCAAAGGGAGGUGUUCCUAUUUAAUGACCUGCUGCUGAUUCUGAAGCUGUGUCCCAAGAAGAAAAGCUCAGCUUCAUACACUUUCUGCAAAGCUAUGGGUCUUUUGGGAAUGCAGUUUCACCUCUUCAGCAAUGAGUUUUACGCUCAUGGUGUUACGAUGAUGAGCCCCUUUACCUCAGAGAAGAAGCAGCUGGUUAGUUUCUGUUCUCCAAGUGGAGAGGAGCUCAGGAAGUUUGCAGAGGAGCUCAGAGAAGCCAUCGCAGAGGUCAACGAGAUGGAACAGAUACACAUUCAGUGGGAACUAGAGAGGCAGCAAGGCAUCCAGUCACAUGGUUUACACACCAAUGGUGGGCAAUUGGAGACACACACAGGACAUGGCUCUCCCUCAGGCCAACAUGAUGCGUAUGAUAAAACCGGCAACAACAACACAGUAGAGGUGUCAAUUCACAACAGGCUGCAGACCUAUCAGCUGAGCCAGCCCAGCAUUGAGUCAGCACCCCUUGCCCUGGCUGCUCCACCCACCCUGCUCAGCACCGUUACGACCGGAGAGCUGCGCCCAGAGACCCUCAUCCAGUGCCAGCAGAUUGUCAAAGUGAUCGUCGUCGACCAGAGUGGACGAGGACGAAUGGAGGCAUUUCUCAGCCAAGGCCCAGCAGGCCAUCAGCUCAUCCAGUCUGCAAUGUCAACACCUGUGCGGGUCAGAGAAGGGGACGGACCCCAACCGCCUCUGCCACCCCCUCCUCCACCUUACAACCAUCCCCACCAGUUUUGUCCACCGGACUCGCCUGUGCCCUUCCACCACACCAUGCCUCUCACACGCAGGCGCAACUCCAGUGGCUCCCGCAGCAUUGUUUGAAAAUAAAAACAGUUGAGCCUCACUCUUGCAAGUUGGUGUAGCACAAGUUAAUGCAAAUAAAAAAAGAAAAGAAAAAUAAAGCUCUGAAAAUACAGCAUUGGUGGGGAGGAGAAAGAAAUCAAGAAUCCGUUCUUAGGACUUGAUCGGUUGUGUGGUUUCUGACUAUGGAUGAGCUUCAAUGGCUGUCCUGAAAGACAUCUCUUCCUUUCUUUGUCUUCAAAAUGUCACCCAGUAUUAACUGAUGUAGCUUGUCUACAUUUCAGAUUUUUUUAAGUUAUGGUUUCCUUUUUUUUUAAAUGUCAACCAUUCAGCAAAUGUCUCAGCGAGCUUGGAACAUGAAGCCUCGAGACAGCAAAGAGAAUCAGCCUAGAAAAGACAAAAAUGCAGGACUCCAACAUUUUCUCUUUUAAUUCUGUUUAUUUAUAUAGCGCCAAUUCACAACACAUGUCAUCUCAAGGCACUUUACAAUUCGACCAGAUCAUACAGUCAAAUUGAUUCAAAGUUUUCUAUCUAAGGAAAAUGGGUUGAUUGCCAUGACUCAUUGAAUCACAGGCAAUCCCUCUCAUUAAGCAUGCUUGUAGCGACAGUGGAGAAGAAAUACAUCCCUUUUAACCGGAGGAAACCUCCUGCAGAACCUUUUCCAGAUACUAAUGUUGGUGUUUAGAAAAUUGCUAUUUUUAUGGCCCUCAAUUGGUAUUUAUAUUACAUACCAUUCUUCAUAUACCAAUUUUGGUUACAACCACAAACUUUAUUCGAUUUUGUUGAGACUUAGGGUGAUGAACCAACACAAAAUGCUUACUAUGCUUUAUUGUGUUUUGUUAUAUUUUAUUAUAAAAUAUAUGUCAGAAAGCACAAAGUGUUUCACAGCAAAAAUAAAAAUUGAUUACUUUUAAUAAUAAUAGGAAGAGGAAAUGUUGUGUACCGCUCUGUGGUAAUACUUCCCCAAACCUCCUUUUGCUGCAAACAGCGGUAAAAUUUUUAAAAGGAUUUUGAGCCAGAUUUGCACCUCUAAAAAUCUGUUUGAUUUAAUACUACUUUAUACUAUUUUCUCUCAGCAAAGUAGUCUAAUCUCAUUUGCAUGGGUGGAACCCCUGUAUAGAUCAACUUUAAAUUCUUGCCAAACAUUAAUUACACUAAGUCUGAACCACGACCAUGCCAUUAAAGAAAACAAAAAUGUUGUUGGAUGUACUUUAGUAUAAUAUAAAAGGUAUUUGGGAGGAUUUUUGCAAAUUUUUGAAAUUACUCGCCCUCUCCACUUAAAAAAAAAUGCUCCUAUUCAACCCUGUACCCGCUCCCGAGAUGGAAUUCCUAUUAAACGUGUGUGAGAGCAUGCACUAGCCCAUUUCUCUCUUUUACUAACAGUGAUGUGAAAUGGAUUUCUCCAAAUACUAUGCCAAACUUUACCUAUCGAGUAGAAACUUCGCAACUGAGGCAUCAGUGGGAAGCCUGAGCUGUGCUUUCAGUGUAUGCCAUUGCAUUAUCUUCCAAAAAAACUCUUGUUUCUCUCUUCUGAGAGCUUUCUCUGCCUAAUACACUUCGUAGACACUUUUUCUCUUAUGACCCUGUGCCAUUUUCAAAGAACCGCGGGGAGAAAGGCAAGCCUCACAUACCCGCCUGAAAGUGUGCAUGCACAGAAACAUAUCACCAGAAUGAUUGACAAUUAGAACCAUUUAUUUUGAUGAUCCACCCAGAAAAAGUACAUCCUUGACUAUACCUUUAAGUCUUUUGUAUCUUCCAACGUAUUUUUACUUCGAGCAUUACUUUGUGUUUAACUAUAUACAUCUUAUGAAUUCCGACCAGUUCGUGACGAGGGAGAGCCUCCCUACAGCAGAAUGUGGCUAUUUCUGUAUUAAGUUUUAAAGAUUGACAAGUUAUUUUAAGUUUGAAUGAUUCGUAUAGGGCGCCAGAAAGUUCAGCUUUGGUCUCAUCCGACCAUAGUGUGAUCUUCAAUCUUUGUGCUGGAGUGUCAGGUGGCUGCUUUACAAAUGUGAGGCAUCGUAAUGUGUGAGGAAAUCGGUGCUGUUCAAUCUCUGAUCCUCCAACCACUCAUCCAUCCACCAUAUUAAAGUUCACUACAAAGUUAAAGUUUAAAAAGUAGCAUCCUCCUAAAAUCAGCUAUUCAUUUUAGAGACGACUGGGAAAUAUUUAUUCUCUGCACCAAAUCUGAUAAAGUGGGCAGAAUGGUAGUCUAGCAAAACAAACAAUCAAUUUAGGCCCGCUACGCCUGUUGACACUAAUGCAGGGAUAUUUUGUACUGCGGUCUUACCGGAUCUAAAUGUGGGUUACAAUUUUUCUUUUCAACAGUAUGAAAUGGGGCUCAGCCAGUCACAUUUAAGACUGUUUUUAUAAGUUUAUAAUAAUAAUGCUUAUGUGUGUCAAAAAAAGAAGUCCUAACAAAUAAGGGUAAUGUUUGUGGUUGAAAUUUGAAAUAUACUGGAAAACAACGUUAAGCUAUGCUAGUCCCCCCCACCCCCCAAAAAAACUAAAAAGACAAUCAUGUUUUCGCUCUUCAUUCUGUGUUUUCGAAACAGUCUGCUUUCUCUCUGCUUUGAUUCAGUGGAUCAGAGCUCAGGAAAGAUUGCUGCACUGCAACAUGUGAUACUGCAGAGAGAGCGGCGUUUUCAUGCACCAUGUGUGUUCAGACUCCUUACUCAUAAGCCAUUGGGAUUCAGGCUGAUAUUCAUUCAAAACAAGGCUAAAACAGGCAGGCCUUUCUCGUCCUGUAAAUGUACUCCUAUGAUGUGAAUACCCAUGUUACAUUUGGGUUUAGAGUAAGCCCCCAUAAAAAGCAAUUAUUAAACCUUGAAAUUAUGCUACACAGGGUAUAUACCUCAGAGAUUUUAGUUAUAUUUUCCUUAGAAAAACACUAGAACAUUUUACAAGCAGAAAUGUAUUUCUGCGAGGGAAAAAAAUGAAGAUGUCCUAGAAAUGUUUCUUUAUUUCAUCACUGUGUUGUUUGCUCAGCAUAGGUGGUGUCUAACUUGAGCUGGUAUAUAUAGCACAUCACUAAGUCAUUUUUGCACCGCAGAAUAUAUUGGAUAUAUUGUAAAUAGAUGACAUAGAUUUAUUCUGAAAAAAGUGAUUGGUUUGCCCAGUGUGUGUAUCUACAUAUGUAUUUGUACAGAGAAAAAUCUAGUUUAAAAGAAAAAAAGACUAUUAUAGUUAUUAUAGUUAUUAUCCACGUUCAUUUCUGGGGGAGUCCUAAAAGAAAACCCUCUUAAGAGAGUCAGGAAACAGACACUUUUUUUGUUAGUUUGUUUUUUUGUAGCUUACACUGCUCAGUUACUGCUCUAGAUCCAUCAUUUCAUAUUAUAACAGUGUUAAUUAAAGAUGGCUAUGUCACCUCUUAAGGUUUGAAAAGGGCUAUGCUGUUUUGGUGAAAUAGAGUAAAACUCACGAGUCAAGCACACAAAAACACACCCACCCCCUCACACACAUUUACUUCCUACAGAUAGCCACUAAAACAUCAAAUUGAUUAAAUUUGCUGCUUGAUUUAUCAAGUCAGCAACCCCACGCUGUUUACUUGGAACUCUUACUGACUUGUACUAUAACGCAUGAUAAUUUAUUUUUAUUUCUUUUUCAUUUGCAGCAUAUAAGAGGAGCUUGAUGCUAUGUUUGUUUCAUUAUUGUCAGGGCAUGUUGGGUUUGAUUGAUGUCAUUUUCUCCUCCCUAUUUCCCAUUCUUUUCCCUUCUCUCCCCUCUGUGGCUGUCAUGGAGACGCACCGAAUCUGCAUCCUCCCUUUGCAGCACCCUCAGUUAAUCUUUGCAUCCUCACGGUAUUUCUAACAAGGACAUUUCUUAAAGAGCAACGUGUUUCCUAUUGGAAUUUCUAUGAUUUUCUGUUUGGAGAAAA